UCUGUUUGAAGACGAGGUCAUGUCUUACAUUCCUCCUCACGCCUUACUGCACCCCACCUACUGUCAGUCACCUCGAGGGUCUCCAGGUUCUUCUCCUCAGAACUCACCUGGCUCAGCAUCCGACGGGACCACCUGCUGGAGGACGCCUUCAACCAGAUCAUGUGUUACUCCAGGAAAGACCUGCAGCGCAGCAAGUUCUACGUCAGCUUCAUGGGAGAGGAGGGGUUGGACUACAGCGGGCCUUCCAGAGAGUUCUUCUUCUUGGUGUCCAGAGAACUCUUCAACCCGUACUACGGGCUGUUUGAAUACUCGGCCAACGACACCUACACGGUCCAGAUCAGCCCCAUGUCGGCCUUCGUAGARAAUCAUCACGAGUGGUUCCGGUUCAGCGGUCGUAUUCUGGGUUUGGCUCUGAUCCAUCAGUACCUGCUGGACGCCUUCUUCACCAGACCCUUCUACAAAGGCCUGCUGCGCAUACCCUGUGACCUGAGCGACCUGGAGUACCUGGACGAGGAGUUCCACCAGUCUCUGCAGUGGAUGAAGGACAACGACAUAGAGGACAUGCUGGACCUCACCUUCACCGUCAACGAGGAAGUGUUUGGACAGAUCACAGAGCGGGAGCUGAAGCCCGGCGGGGGGAACAUCCCGGUCUCUGAGAAGAACAAGAAGGAAUACAUCGAGCGCAUGGUGAAGUGGAGGAUAGAGAGAGGAGUGGUUCAGCAGACUGAGAGCCUGGUCCGAGGGUUCUACGAGGUGGUGGACGCCAGGCUGGUGUCGGUGUUCGACGCCCGRGAGCUGGAGCUGGUGAUAGCCGGCACGGCUGAGAUCGACCUGUCGGACUGGAGGAACAACACCGAGUACAGAGGAGGUUAUCAUGACAACCACAUCGUGAUCCGCUGGUUCUGGGCGGCGGUGGAGAGGUUCAACAACGAGCAGAGACUGCGCCUCCUGCAGUUUGUGACCGGGACCUCCAGCAUCCCCUACGAGGGCUUCGCCUCGCUGCGCGGCAGCAACGGACCCCGCCGCUUCUGUGUGGAGAAGUGGGGCAAGGUCACCUCUCUGCCCCGAGCUCACACCUGCUUCAACAGACUGGACCUGCCCCCCUACCAGUCCUUCUCCAUGCUUUAUGAGAAGAUGCUGACCGCUGUGGAGGAGACCAGCACCUUCGGACUGGAGUGAACCUCAGCCGGACCCUGGGAGUCCUGCUGCGUCUGGACCGGUUUCAUUAAGUAUAGCACCCCCCACUUCCUCAUUAAACCCAGAGUCUCAGCUCUGCCACGCCCUCCCUCUGGAUCUGAUCCUGUUUGGACCCAGACCUGCACUGCCUUCAGGAUCACGUCUGACCAAUCACAGACCGUUUUUAUAAGAACAAUAAUUWAAAAARAGCUUUUAUAAAACAGCUGGAUGARUUUGUUGAUGUGAAAAAGGUGCAUGGACCUGGAGGAGAACCAGAAACACCUCCCCCUGGUGGACCACCCUCAGGGUUCCCUCGCUGAACGGCCACUGAUGGUGCUGGGUGGGAUUCUCGGCAGCCAUCUUGUAAAGAGCUACACGUCUCACUCAUCGCUACAKGUAGCUCCUCACAACAUGGCGGCACGGCUUCUGGCCUGGUUGGAAGCCCCGCCCCCAGUGGCCCACCUCAGUAGCUGCACCUGUCUGUGGGGGAGGGGCUUAUAAAGGAGUGAUUUUAGAGUCCGCCUCUUUUCUACCAGAUGUUGUAUUUUCCUCCACAGGAAGUGGUUUUUAACCACCUGACUCACUUUGUGGUUUUCUAUCAAAUCAGCGACAUCRGGUUUGUUUCGUCGUGGUUCUACGAGCACUGGGUCCAAACGUUGAGAGGCUGAGUACCAAACAACACAGAGAUGAAGAAAAACAGCUGAAACAGCCGAAUAUACACUUCUCAUUUGAACCUUUGUGAAGAGGAGAGUUAUUAUCAGCUCAGCCUGCCUCUCUCAUGGUGUAGGGGUGCAUUAGUGCCUCUAGCAGCAGGGUUGCCAGAUAAGGAACUAGCRCUGUAGUCUCUCUGUAGUCAGAACUGGGUUUGGCACAGAACUCAACUUUUGGAGCCAMUAAGUGUUUGAUAAAUCUUCGGCUGUUUGCAGCUAAAAAAAAAUGCAUGAAAACAUUAAUUUUCCAUCUUAUAAUCCUUAAGUUUCACAGAAAUGUUUCACUUUUCACUGUCUGUCACGAUUGUACCGAGUAUUUAUUAAAUCUGGUUCUGGUGGACCGGGACCGGGACCAGGACCAGGACCAGGACUAGGACCAGGACCAACCAAAGACAGAACCCACUGCCAUGAAGACCUGAUGAGGUCUUUAAUCCCACCAUCAGAUAACCGGACUGAUCUGUCUGAGCAGAACCUACCAAAGUUCAGAACCAGAACCAGACUUUACACGUGAAUGUUCAACAAAUAAACUCAUCUCUGUACACAA